AAUAAAGUUAUCAGUUGAUAGUUGCACUUUCGUGUAGUCAAAUACUCUUAAGUUAUUUAUUUAUUUCUCAAAAAAAACCCGCUCAAAAUGUUCAAAUUCGUCGUUUUCGCUGCCGCCGUCGCCGUGUGCCAGGCCGCUUACUCGCUGAACCCAGCUGGGCCAACCUACGCCGGAAUCCACACCCCAGCCAUCACCAGCCAGCAGUCGAACAUCCUCCGUACCUACGGUAACCUGGGCCAGAUCUCGACCCACUCCAAGACCAUCGACACCCCAUACUCGUCGGUGAGCAAGUCCGAUGUCCGCAUCAGCAACCCAGGACUGGCCGUUGGACACGUUGCCGCUGCCUACCCCGGAGCUUACCACGCCCCAGCUGCCUACGCUGCCCCAGCUUACGCCCACGCUGCUUAUGCCCACCCAGCCGUCUAUGGUGCCCCAGCUGUCAAGGCCGUUGCCGCCGCUCCAGCUCUGCUGGGAGUUGCCUACUCUGCUGCCCCAACCGUCGCUCACAUGACCUACAGCAACGGACUCGGAAUCAACUACGCCUGGUAAGAAGGGACAUCUGCCCCCAACCCAACUCAACGCUAUCGGCAAACGGACCACAGCGAACAUCUCGGGAAUUACAACAACUCUAAGUCACUCACAAUCAACCAACCAACCACACAGUCAACGGAACCGGGGAACGUAAAAUGCCAUCUUUGACCAUCUUGGGCGUUCCUCCUCACACGCAACUUUUGUGAUAAGAACAACGAUGUUAAACGACGGGUAAACAAAGAAAAUGAAAAACAU